UUCGCAGUGGGUGUGUGUUUUCUUAGUUGUCACUUCAACACUCCACUCAUUUCACCUGGUCAUCUACAACAAUGCACCUCCAUUUCCUCCUCCUCAGCACCCUAGGGGCGGCAAUGGCCGUUUCCGCAACAGCAGAUAGCAGUGGCAGCCACGAAAUUCCAUCCGCCGUUGUUCCCGAAUGCCCAAGGAAAGGUAAGGUCGUAUUCAACAAGUCGGUCCCGGAGGGAACGGAAUUCCCAUCGACUCAAGUCGACCUGUGUUACAGAACCAAAAGAUCCGAGAUUUCUCCCAUGCUCCAUCUGACAUUCACGGCCUUCGACGAAAAGUACUUCUAUUUCAAUUCCAGUCAGGGAACCAACGACGACAUCUGGAAGUACUCGGUGAUGGAGGCGUUUAUACAACUCGGCGAUGAGCCACCCCAAACAUACCUCGAAUUUGAAGUAAAUCCGAACAACGUCACCUACCAGUCGUUUAUUUACAAUCCUUCACGCGUGCGUGCAGAAAAUGCGCCUAUGGAUCACGCUUUCAUCUCUGAUCCCUUCGGGGAUGGGAUGUUGGCGAAAACAACUCUCAAUCGCCAAGACAAGACUUGGAAGUCGGAAGUUCAGAUCCCGCUUGCGCUGUUUAACGCGCCCGAGGAUCUUCGUGGUACACGCUGGAGAAUGAAUUUCUUCCGCACCAUCACCAACCCGCAGACGUUCCCUGAUCAGAAACUGGGGGCUUGGAGCCCGCCUAAUGAGCCGAACUUUCAUAUGACACCUUUUUUUGGUCAUGUGGCUUUUGUUUAGACGGGAGCAGUGGGAUUUCCAUUCACGCUCUUCUCAAUAUUCAACCGGAGGUAUGCCGUACGCGUUGUUUUCAUACUUGGCUUUCGAUUCUCAUGCAGGUACCUGCGAUUCGUCUUGAUGUAUUUAUAUGGCCCACUUUGCUUAGAUUGUUGCCAAUCAGAGAAACUUGAACAGCCAUCU